AUGUCUGGUGAUACUGAGGCCACAUUUAUUUUAUCUUUAGACGACGAUGAAAAUGAUAAUGCAUCAUCUCAUCCAAAUCACAAUAAAACAAUAACAGCAGAUUAUUCAAUAGAAAAUACAGUAGUUGAAUUCUCUAUUUCAAUUAAUGAUGAUAGCGUUGAAGUGAAAGGAGGCGAUUCAAUGUCAUUGGAAGAACAAUUAGCUUGGUUUGGCGAUUAUCUUGAAAAAGAAUCUCGUGUAUUUGAACAAAAAUGGUCACACCCAACUCAAAGUAAUGCAACCUUGAAUCAGUUCGAUCGUAUAAAAACACUUGGUACAGGAUCAUUUGGUCGUGUCAUGUUAGUGAAAGAUAAAAAGACACAGAUGUAUUAUGCAAUGAAAAUUCUAGAAAAACAAAAAGUUGUCAAACUCAAACAAGUAGAACAUACAUUGAAUGAGAAAAAAAUUUUACAAGCAAUCAAUUUUCCUUUUCUUGUCAGUAUGGAUUUUAGUUUUAAAGAUAAUUCAAAUUUGUAUAUGGUACUUGAGUUUGUCAGUGGAGGUGAAAUGUUUUCCUAUUUAAGAAGAGUUGGGAAAUUCAGUGAAGAAGAUUCACGUUUCUACGCAAGUCAAGUUGUACUGGCAUUUGAAUAUCUGCAUUCUUUUGAUUUAAUCUACAGGGAUUUAAAACCUGAGAAUUUAUUGAUUGCUAGUGAUGGUUAUUUAAAAGUUACCGACUUUGGAUUUGCCAAAAAAAUCAAAGGACGAACAUGGACAUUAUGUGGAACACCAGAAUAUCUUGCCCCCGAAAUUAUUCUAAGCAAAGGCUACAAUAAAGCUGUGGAUUGGUGGGCACUGGGUAUUUUGAUCUAUGAAAUGGCUUGUGGAUAUCCACCAUUUUUCGCAGAUCAACCUAUAGAAAUUUAUGAGAAAAUUGUUGCUGGUAAAGUGAGAUUUCCCGGACAUGUUAGUAGUGAUCUGAAAAAUCUUCUUAAACAAUUGUUACAAACAGAUUUGACAAAACGUUACGGUAAUUUAAAAAAUGGUGUCGAUGAUAUCAAAUGUCAUAAAUGGUUCCGGCCAACUAAUUGGGUUGCAGUUUAUCAAAAAGAAAUAUGUGCCCCAUUCUUACCGCCAUGUAAAGGGCCCGGUGACACAAGUAAUUUCGAUGAUUAUGAGGAGGAACCACUUCGAAUAUCUAAAACAGAUUAUUGUUCAAAAGAAUUUGAAGAAUUCUGACGAAAAACGAAUCAAAGUGAAUGAGUUAAAUACACAAAAGACAUUUAAAUCAAAUAUUAUUAACAGUGCUUAUUUUUUAUUUCCAGGUUUCACUUCAAAUCCCAGUCUGUGUUUGAUACACUCGUCUGAAACUAUGGGGCACAUGGAAUGAAAAUAGACGAAAGAUAAAACAUUAAUUAGGCACAUGGAUUUGUGUGUGCAAAUACAAGAUCCUUACUUUUCGGUACUAUUCAAACAUUCAUUAUGUGUAUAUGUGUGUACAAGUAUGUAACGAACACAUUUACACCUAAAUAUGUUCUGAUACCGCCUUUUAUCACGAUACUUUCAAUGAACAAAUGAUGCCAUAAAGUAUCUAGUCUGAUUUGUAUAUUUUAAGCCUUUCUAUCAUUUUGUAUGGAUUAAUACAAGUUCAC